CCGAGAUAUAUAUCUUGCGUGCCCUCUCGUUCUCCGAUCCGAACUCCAUCAGCUUCGACUAUUCCCCGCUCCUCGACAAGCUUCUCUCUAGAAUCCCACGCAAAAUGGCUUCCACAGCUGAGAUGCCGGCCGCUGAAGGCCCCAAGAUGAACGAGCAAGUUGAUCUCACCACCAUCCCCGUCUCUCCCAACGGCGAUGGCCCCGACGCCAGUACGGACAACGAUAUCAAGACCAUCUUUCAUGACAAGGAUAAUUUCAAUGUCAAGCACCCGCUCCAGAAUAAGUGGACUCUCUGGUAUACCAAGCCUCCGAGUGGGAAGGGUGACAACUGGAACGACUUGCUGAAAGAAGUCAUCACCUUCGAUUCCGUGGAGGAGUUUUGGGGCGUUCAGAACAACGUUGCCGCCGUCUCCAAACUCCCUCAAAAGGCCGAUUACCACCUCUUCAAGGCCGGCGUCCGGCCCGAGUGGGAAGACGCCCAAAACAAGCACGGCGGAAAAUGGUCAUACCAGUUUAAGAGGCCACACAGCGUUAACAUCGACGAGAUCUGGCUCCACGUCAUGCUUGCCGCCAUUGGCGAGACGCUCGAGGACGUGGAAGACGGCGAGAUCAUGGGCGUUGUCGUCAACGUUCGCAAGGCCCUUUUCCGCAUCGGUGUCUGGACUCGCACCAUAGGAAAGAGCAUUCCAGGCCGGGGCGAUGGGGACGUGGCGGGCGGCAAGGGCCGCUCCCCCGACAAGGCCAAGAAGAUUCUCCUGGACAUUGGCCAGCGUUUCAAGAGCCUCCUCGACCUGGGCCCCGGCGAGCUCGUCGAGUUUUCUGGCCACACGGAUAGUGCCCACAGCGGUAGCAGCCGUGCCAAGGCCAAGUUUACCGUGUAAGGGAGGUUGAACGACAGCCCCCGCUGGCUUGCUCGUUGAAACUCCCUUGCUUCCAUCAUGUAGCGGAGGCCUGGGGACAUGUAGUAUGAAUGAUUCCGACGGAAGCAUGACAUCCAUACCCAUUAUCUUUUUUUUUUUCCUUUCUUUUUUCGCUCUAUCCACGUGGAUUCCAUUUCUGAAGCCAGCCGUCGCUUUAGGGUGUUGGCUGACGCUGGGGAAACUUUGGGGCACCCAAUACCAACUUUGUGUCUGUCAACUGCCUCGCUAAAUUUAAGCGACGGUUGUUAAAGACAGCAAACAACGGUGUCCUAUCGUGCGGUGGCUACUGGGGGUCUAAUAUCUGGCCGUGACGCAGGGGUUUUCACGGUUACACGUCUUUUAACGCUUUUUGGUCAAGGC